GAAGUGCGAAAGAUGAACCUGUUAUGGUGGAUUUUAAUUUUUGUUCAUUUCUCUUUCGGUCUAACUGAAGAAGACAAUCGUCCCAGUCCCCGCAUAGUCGGUGGAGUUCCAGCUGAUAUAGCCAAAGUGCCGUACAUAGUGUCCAUUCAGUUGUAUGGCAUCCACCAUUGCGGCGGUUCCAUUAUAGAUAAUCGCACAAUUUUAACGGCAGCCCAUUGCCUGGCCCAAGUUCCCCGGAUUCUCCUAAGAGUUAAAGCUGGCGGCUCAAAGCGCGACUCCAAAGAUGGCCAGAUAUAUCAAAUUUCCGAUCUGUACUAUCACGAGAAGUGGACAACCAAGACCAUGGACUAUGAUAUCGGAGUCAUUCGACUGAAGACAGCCCUGACAUUCUCAAAAAAGGUAAAGGCUAUUAAGAUAAACCCCAAGAGAGUAGCCGAUGGCCAAUAUACUACGAUUGCCGGCUGGGGCUUUAAGUCUGUUAAUGGUCCGCCAUCGGAUGAAUUGAGAUAUGCACGAGUUCCCGUCGUUAAUCAAGCUGUCUGCAAAAAACUACUGGGCAAGACCGUCACGGAUCGGAUGAUGUGUGCGGGUUAUCUCAAGGGCGGCACGGAUGCCUGUCAAAUGGACUCCGGCGGACCGUUGGUUUGGCGGGAGGAACUGGUUGGCAUUGUGUCCUGGGGCGUGGGAUGCGCCCUGGCGGAUAAGCCGGGUGUCUAUACCAGGCUAGAGGCACUGCAUCCUUGGAUAAACAUGGCUUUGAAAAAGCUUAAAAGCUAGAAUAAAUAAAGGUGAAAGGGAAAUGGCAAGUAAAUGGGAA